AUGGGUGACCCUAGUCAUCUAACACCUGCGCAGUUGAGUAGACAACAACUACUACAACAACCAAUACACCAAAACCAGCAAAUCGCAGACAGUCCACAGAGUGAGCUAAGUAUUCCUACUCCUGCACCACGUGCUCGCCUCAGUGGUGCAUGCAGUGGAGGUUUUGUUUGUAGCCACAACAACUUUGUUGACAGUGAGAAUACCACUCAUACUGGUGUUGUACACAUCGAUGCCAUGAAUACAGAGAAUGCGGAUCUCUCCACUUGCCUUGAAGCACAUCCUAUAGUCUGCGCUGCAACGACACUGAUGUCUGAUGGCGAAGGGGGUAGUGGACGUAAUGUUGGCCUUAAAGGAACCCCAGUAAACACCAUAGGCGCCACUGAGCGACUUAAGAGAGCGACAUGUCGAAGAAGAAUAGAAAAUGAAGAGAAUAACGAAGGAGAACGGGUAGGAUGUGGGAUGCCCAUAACCAAUUAUUGUUUUUCUCUUCCAUCCCCCUCAUCUGAUCAACGGCCUGUCAUAGAGAAUGAGAUGCUCAAUACACCACAUGCACUACUACGCGAUUUGAGCGACGCUGCUGAGUCACCCCAGGUUACUUUGCAUGCUCGGCAGCAGGAACACCCUCGAAGACAACGACUUACUUCACCUUUGCCUGAUAAUGAUACAGACACUCUCAACUCCGUGAUGGACAUUCAGAAACAGCAACAACAGCAACGACAACAACAACAGCAGCAGCAGCAGCAGCAAAAGAAUGGUGCGACACGCAGCCUGAGCAUUCCCACACCUUUACCAUGUAAAGAAGGAAGGACACAGAUAGUAUACACGUCUGGCAGAAUGAAUGCUAUGAAGACUCCACCCUCAGAAGGAUUUAAUAGCUGUUUGGCCUCCCCACAUUUGGUUUCUGCAAGUAUAAGCCCAUCAAAAGAGAAACGACAACAAGAACAGGACACCACUACUAUUCUAUGCCCAGAAUAUGAUAUUAGGGAUGUUCAUGAUGACUACAAUAGAAAUGCCAUACACCAUUCUGAGGUUGUACCAUGCGGAGGCAAUUUAUCUUUCGCAAGAUCUGGUGAGCGGUGUACUCCACCACGGGGAGUGUGUGGUUUUACAGGAGCGCAAUCAUAUCAGGAACCGGAACCGGAACAACGGGGAUUGGCGGGAGUUGAUACCAACAGCUCUGCGUUGCGCUUAAGCCCUCAAGGCACUACUGCAGGAAAAACAGGAUGUGUAGUUUCUCCCAACACAAGUGUACCGGUUUUGGUUGACUGGCGUGCUGUUGUGGAAGAGUCCAUUGUUCUCGAUGUGAACGUAGACAUUGAAGAUGAUGAUGAAGAAGAAGAAGAUGAUGUAAAUGGUCAGGACCAGGACGAAGGUAGAAUACUACCACCACCACGAAAUGGUGAACGUAAACUCUCAAAGAAGAAGGCAUGGUGUGGCACACCCCGUAGUGUUGAUGGCUCUCUAGCUCCAAACGACAACCAUCAUCACAAUAACCCGCAGCAGUUGCAGAUGUCAACGGCGCAGCAGAGUACACUCUCGUGGCCUCCUUCUGUUGAAUCGGUGUGUGAAACCUCUGUAGAAGGCGGUGAAAGUGGGAAUAAUGAUGAUGCAGAUAGUUUGCCUCUUAGACCUCCAAGUGGUAUGCGUCAGCUACUGGAUGUGGUUGCUUCUACUGCUAAUGCGGAUACUACUGUACCCACUACUAAUGGUACUAAUAGAAGAAUAAGUAGUAGUAGUAGUAGUGCUAGUAGAAGAAGCAGUGCUGGUAGUGGUACUGAUCAUAAUCAUGAUAAUGAUAGUGCUAAUGGAUGUCCCCCAGUGGCAAUGCUAAAACCUUCUUCACUACUCAGAGGAAGAAUGAGAACAGCAUUAACUACAGAAGGAGGAACCAAAGGUAGAGUUAAGUCUCCACAUCGUGAAAGAAGGAGUGAAUCGCAUUCAUUGCAAAUAUCUUUGGCUGUGGAGUUGUGUCACGCCGUGCGUCCCUUCGCACAACGACUAUUGCUUCUUCUUCUGCGUGAGAGUGAUGGUGGUGCGUUUGUUUAUGCGGAUGCAUGCGCUGAAGCUGUUAAUUCUAUUUUGGAGAGUGAAGGUAUUCGUAGUGUGCGAGCAACAGAAAAUCUCUGCCGUUACAUCAUCGCUUCCACGAGCAACAAUGGUAGUAUUAGUAGUGGUAGUAGUAGUACUAAUAAUAAUAGUAAUACUAAUAUUACUAAUAAUGGAGGCGACGAAGGUAAUGAUGUUAACAAGAUACCCUAUGGCGAUUUUGUGGCAGGGAUUAUGCAGCUGGGAGAACAGAAUUAG